CAGUUGGUGAGGCCUGGUGUGAGGACAUAUGUGCCGUGCGCUCCCGAAGAUCUUCAGGUGCCCGUUCGUGUGACACACUGGUCUGCAAUAUUUUUGGAGGGUACAGAGUUUGAAUAUGAAGAGGAUGAGAAACAUAUGAUAGAGUACAGCAGAGAGAAGACGCAUCAGUGUUCACAUCGCAGUGAGGAAUUCAUUGAUGAGAAUUCUUUAAUAUUACACCAGAAAUCACCUAAGGAAAAAUGCGAUCCUACGAGCCAUGAGAAGAUGCAUCAUUGUUCACAUUGCAGUGAGGAAUUCAUUGAUGAGAAUUCUUUAAUAUUACACCAGAAGUCACCGGAUGGAGAAUGUGAUCCUUCAAGCCAGGAGAAGACGCAUCAGUGUUCACAUUGCAGUGAGGAAUUCAUUGAUGAGAAUUCUUUAAUAUUACACCAGAAGUCACCGGAUGGAGAAUGUGAUCCUUCAAGCCAGGAGAAGACACAUCAGUGUUCACAUCGCAGUGAGGAAUUCAUUGAUGAGAAUUCUUUAAUAUUACACCAGAAGUCACCGGAUGGAGAAUGUGAUCCUUCCAGCCAGGAGAAGACGUAUCAGUGUUCACAUUGCAGUGAGGAAUUCAUUGAUGAGAAUUCUUUAAUAUUACACCAGAAGUCACCGGAUGGAGAAUGCGAUCCCACAAGCCAUCCUAGAAUAAACUCAGGAGAGAGAUAUUGCGAUGAAAAAUUUGAUAGCAUAGAAAUUCUUUUAACCCAUCAAAGAACCCACAAUGGAGAAAUACCUUAUCUUUGCUCAUAUUGUGAGAAGGAAUUCUCAGAAAUGACGGAUCUUAUCUAUCACAUUAGAACGCAUACAAAAGAGAAGCCUUUUCUUUGCUCUCUUUGUGAGAAAACGUUUUCUUCCACAGCUCGUCUUAAUCGUCACAUAAUGGCCCAUACCAAGGAGAAGUCUUAUCAUUGCUCUUAUUGUGAGAAGGAAUUUUCGUAUAAAAGUAGUCUGAACCGUCAUAUAAGAACGCAUAUUAAGUGUUUUCAGUGCUCUGAAUGUAGUAAAAGAUUUUCACAAAGAAUGUAUCUUAUCUGUCACAUGAGGAAACAUACUAUGCAAAGAGAAGUCUUGUCAUUGUGAGAAACGGUUUUCAAACAAGGUUGAUCUUGAGUCUCAUACUAUGACACAUACUAGUGAGAGAAAUCAUCCAUGCCCACACUGUGAGGAAAUAUUUCAUAGUAAGACUGACCUUGCCCGCCAUAUAAGGACAUGUGAUGGACAAAAACCUUAUCCUUGCCCAAAGUGUUGGAAAAGAUUUUGUUGCAAGAAUGAUCUUUCCCGUCACUUAAGAACACAUGAUGGAUUAAUGUCUUUGUUAACCAAUCUUUCUCUCUUGUAUCCUUCCUCCGUUAAGGUCGGAGAUCGCUGGCAUCAGUAGAAAUGAAUGCAGACACUUCCUAAGGGUUUUUAGAGCUAGAAAAGUUGCUGAGGAGGUUUUGGCGGGUUGUGUGAAGAUUGCGAAUGAAGUAUAAAAUAAGUGUGUGGAGCUGGGCUUUACAGGCAUUGUUGAGGUGCACAGGGGGAAGAAAGAAUACACUUUAGAAAUUGCUGAGGGUCUGUCUCAAAGAAACCUUCGAAUUGUCUGGUAUUGUCAUUUACCAGAUAGCAAGACUCUCAAGCUCUAAGAAGAGCUGGUGUGGUGAGAAAGCUCAUUAUAGACAUCAUAAGAAUGAGGCAAAUUAGUUUUGUAGGACAUUUUAGGAAAGGUAUCACUAUUUCCGGCGACGUCGUCAACAAUUGUGUUGUACACCCAAUAACUUUCUAUAGCUUCGAGGUAGGAUCACCAAAUUCAUACCAGAGGUCCAUCUCCUGAAGGCACAGGUCAAGUUUGAAUAUGAGUCGAAUUUGAAUAAGGUCAAAGGUCAAUGAACUUUCCAUGACUGGCACUGUGCUAUGUUGUACACACAAUAACUUUCUAUAGCUUCGAGGUGAUAUCGCCAAAUUCAUAACAGAGGUCCAUCUCUUGAAGGUGCAGGCCAAGUUCAAAUGUGAGCCGAAUUUGAAUAAGGUCAAAGGUCAAUGAACUUUCCAUGACUGGCACUGUGCUGUGCUGUACACACAAUAACUUUCUAUAUUUUCGAGUUAGGUUUGCCAAAUUCAUACAAGAGGUCCAUCUUUUGAAGGUGCAGGUCAAGUUCAAAUGUGAGUUGAAUUUGAUUAAGGUCAAAGGUCAAUAAACUUUCCAUGACUGGCACUGUGCUUUGUUGUACACAUAAUAACUUUUUAUAUCUUCGAGGUAGGAUUGCCAAAUUCAAACAAGAGGUCGAUCUCUUGAAGGUGCAGGUCAAGUUAGAAUGUGAGUUGAAUUUGAUUAAGGUCAAAGGUCAAUGAACUUUCCAUGACUGGCACUGCUGUGUUGUACACACAAUAACUUUCUAUAGCUUUGAGGUGGGAUCGCCAAACUCGUAACAGAGGUCCAUCUAAGUCAUAUAGCAUACAUGUAGUUUUGACAUGCAGUCUCUUCAUGACUGCAAUAUGCAGGCGAGACAACGCUUGGCGUUUGCCUUGUUAUUGUUUGAAAUAUACAAUAUUUCAUUUUUUACAGAUUUGACAAUAAGGACCAAAUUGACUGAGACAUAUAGCAUAUGCUAAUUCCACAUGUUCAGGGAGGAAUUAAUUGUUGUUUCACUUGACAAUGAGGAGAAAAUUAGAAUUAUAUGAUAAAAUACCAUAGAAAUAGUGAGUGGAUGACGUCAUCAGUCUCCUCAUUUGCAUACCGACCAGGAUGUGCAUAUUAGUGUUUUUACGAAAUUGAGCAAAACUUUAAAGUGUCAUAAAUUUCUUAUUUUACAUCCGAUUUUGAUGAAAUUUUCAGCGUUAUGCUUGUUGGAUUUUUCUCUUUUUAUUUAAAUGAAAUUUUUGUUUGGGUGGUCUCGACCUUUAAAGUGGGAUCAAGGCAUUGCAGCAUUUGUCAAGUACAAACUUUGAAUGGUCUGGAAAGCAAAGCUGCUACCUAAUAGAGCGGGUAUUCAAAACAAAUAAAGGAAUGUUGAUAAGAUUUUAGCAAAAGUCGGGCUGGAUUAAGAUGUACAUCAGAAGGACAUUUUGAUUUUGUUUAUUCCCUUUCCAGGAAAGAUGAUAACAAAAUGACAAAUACAAUGAAUAGAAACAUUACAAGAGUAGAAUGAAAUUGAGCACCAACCAAUGCCUGGGGAUUGCCUAUAAGAACUGAAAUUUCUGUCGAGAGGUUCUCCAGAUUGGCUGGUGUACUGAUACCCCUUUCAUAAACCCAAUUAUGCGGCUAAUAGCAGCAUAAUUUGGUCGUAAAAUCGGAGGAGGGCCAGAGUUAUCCGCAUUAUUUUGAUGCUGCAAUUAUCCGCAUAAUAGCGGCAUCGGGACCAGAUUUUGACUUUAUGAACGCACUUCCAAAGUAAUGCGGAUAAUUGCCAUGGUGCGGUCACAAGGUCACCCUUUUCCCACACAACCGCAUCGGAGGGGGUGUGUGCAGUUGCCAUGACGAUUAUUCGCAUUUUUCAGGACGAGCGCUCGUAAAAAUAGUGCGGAUUAUUUUCGGAGUUUGUGAAAGCAAUUUUUAUUGAAUUAUCCGCAUUACUCUUAGGCGGCUAAUUGGAGGAUGGGUUUAUGAAAGGGUUAUAAAAGAAGCAUUGAAGACCUAAACUGAAGCGGAAAAUGAAAUUGACAAGUCACGUUUAUUAGAGUCUGGGUGGUCCUUUUCAGGACCAACACUUGCCCAAGAAAGAUACAUGGUGUACUAUGAAACCUACUACACUAUUCGUCUUCGCCAUGGAAAUCUUCAGAAGUUACAUCAAAUAUUAUGAUAAGUCAGUUUCAUCAUUAUUUUUGUAUAUGUGACAAACCACCCCAACAAAGAGUCACCCGAAAUGAAUUUGGAAAUUUGUGUUGAGUUUGAAGAAGCCCUUCUCUUAAAAAUGAUAAAUAAUUUGGCAAAAUUGAUCAACAAUAACCCUCACAAGUUCUUGAUUGAAUGCAGACGAAAUUAAACAAGAGAUAACAAGAUCAGAGAGGAAAACAAGGUUUGAAUCAAGUUCAGGGUUCACUCAAGCAUGAGAUGUGCACACUGGUGACUGCAAUCUCAAUUGAACUUCCAAGCAGUGUGAAAAAAAAACUUGUUUCUAAGCAACGUCUAUACUGUUUCUAUACAAGGUUAAAACUUCAAAUUUGACAGUAUGGAAAAAAAAUGAUGUCUCUUCAAAUAUGCCUCUCUCAUUAUCACAAUUAUUGUAACCAUAUUAUUUUUUUUUCUAUUAUUAUUUUUUUAUUAUUACUAUUAUCAUUUAUUCCAAUUUGUGUCACUCUUUCGUUGUUAGUUGUUACCUUUGAUAUUUUGUAUAGCCUCCUAUUAAACUGUCUUCCGUCUCUCCUUUAUACUAUAGUCUUGUAAUGUUGUCUCUAAGUUACGUAUUGAAACUAAGUUACAGGGGCUUGCCUCCCAUACAAGCGUUGCUUUUCUUGGCAAGCCACUCAGUUCUGUUUUAUAUAGUUAUUAGUCAAAGUUACUUUAGUUCUCAUCGUUUAUACCUUCUAAUUCUUAUAUUGUACUUUAAAUUUGACUAUGUAUUGUUACUUUGAUUUUGUUGUGCUUUGUGAACGGAAAAUGAAUAAAAUCUAAAUCUAAAAUCUAAAUAUGCCAAUUUUCAAUUUUUGCUUUUUGGAGACCAAAUCACUAUUUUGGUUUUUACAGAGAACCUUCCCUGGUGACUUAUUGUUGGUGUUUGGGGUGGCUGGUCACAUGUUAUAUUAUAUGUUAUAUCCUUCAUAGAUUAAAUCCUGUAUAGUGAUUGGUUCAAAUACCAUCAUGUGACCAAAUAUAUUUUAAACUAUGAUGUUUUUGUUUAUGAUGUUUUUGACGUCAGACCUAUUUUUCACUAUACCAAUAUUCUAUUAUUUCAGAAAAUUUGAUAUUUAGCUAAACUCUCGGGCUCACCGGUCAGCGAUCUCUCUCUCCCGGGUAAGUCCCGUGAUGCCUUGGCGCAGGCAUAAUCCGCGUUCCGCUGAGCGCGGUGGCUUGGAGAAAAGUAGGUCAUUCAACACAAUUAAUCUGAUUCUGCAAGCUCAACGCAUAGAUUUUGGUUCUAAAUUUUCAAAAGUAGGAUAUAAAACAAAUAAAUCAGGCUUUGAGAAAGUAUAGUGGAAUUAUUUAUCAGAGGUUGGUCUGGCAAUUACCAUUUUUCCCCGAGGGAAAUAGUAGUUUUGCCGGUCCAAUAGUCUGUCUUUUUUCAUCUUGUUUUAUUUACUGAAAAAUGAAAAGGAAAAUAAAUGUUAUGUUCGAAUGAAAUGAGAAUGAAUUUUAUGUUUGAAAGUUAACUUGUUAUCAUAGAUUGUCAGUUUAUAUUGUGAAGCAGAAGAUAAGGUUAUAUGAUUGUUGGAAUAAGUUUUUCUUUGUGUAAUAGCCCAUCCAGCCGAUUAAAUUGAUACUUGAUUCAAUUA